AUGGAUAGUAUUAACCAGCCCCACCAAUAUGUAGCUCUAGGCACAAAAUACAAGGAUAGUCUAGGCGAUGCUAUUAGUAUAAAAACGCCAAUCGAGACGUUCAUCGUCGUCAAUACUAUAGAAUCAGCCACAGAGCUGCUGGAAAAACAAGCCCUCUUGACAGCCAAUCGCCCGAAAAAUCUUAUGAUUCGCGAUCUUCUCGGGUGGUCUGAAGGAGUGGCCUUCCGCAAGCAUGAUGAAUGGCACAAAAGGCAGCGACGUCUGAUGACUUCAGCCUUACAUUUUAGAGCUGCACGAGCAUACGAAUUUCAAUACCUAGGCUCAACACUCGAGCUACUUAGACAUAUUCACUGGGAUCAAACAUCAUUUCAGAAGCAUGUCGGCGAGAUCAUUAACAAUUUUAUGUUACGAUUGACCUAUGGUUGGACCUCCAGUCAAGGUCAUAGUUCAACUACGAUUGGCCAGACAUCUCCAUACACGUUGAAAGGCUUGGCGCAUUAUUUUCUUGUCAAUGACUUUCCUUUCCUGAAAUAUUUCCCCGAUUGGUUCCCUGGCGGAAGCUUUCAAACAUUCGGCAAAGAGGGAAAGGAAUCACGAACCAUGUAUGCGAGUGGUUUGUUUGAGACGGUGUUUGAGCAAGUGCGCGCCGGUAAAACAGAAGUCGCAUCAUUUGUUUCCCGGUUGCUCGAGACUAAUAAAGGGAUUGACGGCACUGAGAUAGAAUCAAUUAAAUGGACAGCUGCCUCCUUGUUUGGAGGAGGGACCACUACGACCGUUGGUUUAGUGUUGUCCUUCAUAUUGAUGGCAUCGCUUCAUCCCAAAGCGGCCAAGCUUGCGCAAGCCGAGAUCGAUGCUGUAAUUGGGCGAGAGCGACUACCGAGACUCAAAGACCGAGACAACAUGCCGUACACCAAUGCACUGUUACAAGAAGUACUUAGGCUGUGUCCCCCCGCCCCCCUAGGUCUUCCACAUAUUACUGCCACAGAAGUUCAGCUCUGGGGGUAUCGCAUUCCCAAGAAUGCCACAAUCAGUCCCAAUAUCUGGGCUAUGCUCCGAGAUUCAGAGCACUUUUCGUCUCCGCACACAUUCGAUCCAUCUCGUUAUUUGAAACCAAUGCCCGACCCUGAUCCUCGAAAGUACGUUUUUGGCUUUGGUCGUCGUGUAUGCCCCGGGCAGCACCUAGCGAACAAUGCUACUUGGAUCAUAUGUACUAGCAUCCUGUCGGUAUUCGAGCUUCAGGCAGGCCCCGAGCUGCUUGCGAAAGUUGCAACGCUUGGUGGCCUUCCAUCUCCGCAAAUGUACAAGUUAUUCCAACCAUACUUUGUAUAG